AACACGCGGCCACAAGCCCACGCCGGGAUUGCCCCCACGCCCGACGCCCCCUCCUCCCCCGUGCCGCCGCGAGCGUCCUCAGCCCCUCAACACCGCCUCAGCACGGGCGCCGCCGCCGCCGCCGCCCCCGUCGCGCCCAAUCCCAUGGCCGCCAUGUGGGCCCAGAAGACCGUCGUCAUCCCCGCGCAGCGCCGCGGCUGCCACCUCAUCACCCCCAAGAUUCUGAGGGAGAUCGAGGGCGACCUGUCCGGGUUCAAGUGCGGGCUCGCUCAUUUCUUCCUGCAGCACACAAGCGCUUCCCUGACCAUCAAUGAGAACUAUGACUCUGAUGUGCAGGCUGACACUGAAACUUUUCUUAACAGAAUUGUCCCAGAGGGCCACAAUGCUCCUUGGAAGCACACUAUGGAAGGUCGUCCCCCUCAAGUUGUAGCUCGAGGAGGAUUCUCUGGCUUGUUUCCUGACUCGAGCCAGUUUGCCUACCAGUUUGCCUUGUCGACCAGCUUGCCUGACGUUGUUCUCUUCUGCGAUCUACAAUUCUCAAAGGACAGCAUGGGCAUGUGCAAAACAGGGUUGACCCUUGACAACUCGACGACAGUCUCGGAGAUCUUCCCCAAGAUGGCAAAGACAUAUAAGGUGCACGGAGAAGAUGUCCAUGGCUGGUUCUCUCUAGAUUUCACCGCGGACCAGCUGAUUCAGAACGUCACGUUAAUCCAGAACAUCUUUUCUCGACCAAGCACAUUUGAUGGCUCCAUGGGAAUGUACACGCUUGAUGAUGUUGUUGAACUCCGCCCCCCACAAAUAUGGCUUAAUGUACAGUACAAUUCAUUCUUUGUGGAGCACAAAUUAAGUACUGAAGAUUACAUACUAGGAUUACCAAAAGAAUUUAGCCUCUCUUACAUCUCCUCGACAGAGAUUGAUUUCUUGAAAAACCUGGGUGGGAAACUCAAGAAGAGCAACACAAAGCUCAUCUUCCGGUUCCUCAACGAAGAUGUCAUCGAGUCUUCAACUAAGAAGACGUAUGGGGAGCUCCUGAAAGACCUGAAGUCCGUUAAGGAAUUUGCAGCCGGGAUUCUUGUCCCCAAGACUUACAUCUGGCCACUGAACAAGGAUCAGUACCUGGAACCAUCUACAAGUUUGGUCAAAGAUGCGCAUGCCCUGGGGCUGGAAGUCUACGCGUCUGGAUUUGCCAAUGAUAUCGUUACGAGCUACAACUACAGCUAUGAUCCCAGUGCAGAGUACUUGCAGUUCAUAGACAACCCAGACUUCUCUGUUGACGGUGUGCUCACGGACUUCCCGCCCACCGCAUCAGGAGCUAUUGCUUGCUUGGCUCAUUCUAAGGGCAAUCCUCUACCACCUCCUGGAAAGGACACCAGGCCGCUGAUCAUCACCCACAAUGGGGCGAGCGGUGUCUUUGCCGGGUGCACAGAUCUCGCCUACCAGCAAGCAAUCAAAGAUGGCGCCGACAUCAUAGAUUGCGCCGUUCAGAUGUCAAAAGACGGAGUGGUCUUCUGCAUGCACACUGCCGAUCUCUCCUCCCAGACGACCGCGGCCACCGCUUUCGUGUCCAAAAGCUCCACUGUUCAUGAGAUUCAGAACAAGUCUGGCAUUUUCUCGUUCGAUCUGUCAUGGAGUGAGAUCCAAACCUUGAAGCCCGACCUGUUCUCUCCGUUUGCUCAGGCAGGCCUGAAAAGAAACCCUAAAGCCAAGAAUGCCGGCAAGUUCUUGACUUUGGCCCAAUUCUUAGACACGGCCAAGGCCAGCAACGUCUCCGGUAUACUGAUCGAAAUAGAGCAUGCCCCGUACCUCGCGAAGAGAGGGCUCGGCGUGGUGGACGCGGUGUCCAGCGCGCUCACCAAGGCCGGCUACGACAAGGAGACCAAGCAGCAGGUGUUCAUCCAGUCCGACGACUCGGCGGUGCUCUCGGCGUUCAUGAAGUUCAAAGCGUUCAAGCGGGUGCUCAGCAUCGAGAUCGAGAUCAGCGGCGCCUCCAAGCCGUCGCUGGACGACAUCAAGAAAGUCGCGGACGGGGUGAGGAUCCACCGGAGCUCGGUGGCGCAGAUCACUGGCUACUUCAUGACGUCCUUCACCGACACCGUCGGCAGCCUGCAGGCCGCCAACCUCACCGUGUUCAUCGGCGUGCUCAAGAACGAGUUCAUGAACCUUGGGUUCGACUACUUCGCUGACCCGACCGUCGAGAUCGUCACUUACUCCUCGGCAGUGAUGGCCGAUGGGCUCGUCACCGACUACCCUGCCACUGCAGCUUCAUACUUCAGGAGUCCAUGCAGCGACAUGAGCCUGAACCUGAGCUACUCGAUCCUGCCAGCACAACCUGGCGCUCUGGUCCACAUCGCCGCCCCUGGGGCGCUGGCACCGGCGGCAGGGCCGGCACCGGUGCUCGAGCCCAAGGACGUCGUGGACCCUCCGCUUCCCCCUGUCAAAGCUAUGUCCAGGGCAGAACCUUCUCCAGGUGGGGAAGAUGCAAAUGAGAUCAUUGAUGCAGUGGAAGUAGUAUCUACCACCCCAGGCGCUUCGUUCCUUGCAAAAGUGGCAGUUGCUAUCGGUAUUGCGGCCACGGUUGCUGUGAUUUCAUUCAUAAUGAAGCAGCCUUCAACAGGCCCAUCUUUCAGUCUGCCACAAAUAGUUGAUGCUUCCGCGCAGUAUGAUGUAGCAGCGACCAUUGGGUAUACAUUUUCUGCAUUUGGGAAGAGAGUCAUAAUUCCGGAGUACACACCAGGGUGGGUUUACUUUUGUUUGCUUAUGGCUGCUGGAUUUGGACUGUUUAUCAGUGAAGAAGCUUUAAAUGUUUGGGCUGGAAUUUCUUUAGCACGUACACUUUCCUUGGAUGGAACCUGGGAAUCUCUUGUUAAUUCGUUCUCGGCGAAUGCACCUUAUAUAGUUUCCACAGUGCUAUGGAUUUACUUGGGCGUUUGUAUCAGCGAUAUGAUCCCAUUCUUUCUGGGGAAGCUUUUUAGGAAAACUAAAGCAUCUGAAAACAUAAGCAGCAAGAUUGGAAUUGGCAAGGAGAAAGUACUAAGCAUAUCACGAGCAGUACAAAAGUACGGGAACCUAAUUGGCUUCGUUGAGAGAUUUUCAAUCGGUGUACGGAACCCCACAGCAUUUCUAGCUGGCACAUUGGGUAUCCCAGCAGACUGCUACUUCGCAGGAGUUUGUUGCGGUUGCCUAUUUACUCUUCCUAUUCAGCUAGCAGUUGGGUUCGUCCUCCGAGAGCGGCCUGUCGUCGCGCUAGCAAGCGUCGCAGCCGCCGUGGGCGUCUGCACAGCGUUCCCUUACGCCGCCGCGGCGUGCACGGCGCUGUUCCUCUACCUCCGCCGGCGCGAGUCCAGCAGCUGAGAGCGCGGCGAUCCUCUCCGUGGCGGGUCGGCAACUGGACACCUUUGCCUUUUUUCCUUUCACCAUCCUUGAACAACUUCUCUGGCUGACUGGCUGGACAUUCCGUUUGUGUUUAUAGGCUUGUGCAUCUUUGUAAUCUCUUUCUUUCUCCGAUCAAUUAUGUUGAUCAAUGUAAACAUCCUUCUCUUUCUUUCUGAUGAAGUAGGGAUUUUUGCUGAGCCCUGUUUUGAAUGUAAGAAUACGAAUUUUGUUGAUCUUUACAUGAACUGAAAUGAAAUAUCUUGAAAAAAGCUCUUUGUAAA